AUGAAGCUCGUGAGAUUUUUGAUGAAAUUGAGUCACGAAACUGUAACCAUCGAAUUAAAGAAUGGAACACAGGUCCAUGGAACAAUCACAGGUGUAGAUGUCAGCAUGAAUACUCAUCUUAAAGCUGUGAAAAUGACCCUGAAGAACCGAGAACCUGUACAGCUGGAAACUCUGAGUAUUCGCGGAAAUAACAUUCGAUAUUUUAUUCUGCCAGACAGCUUACCCUUGGAUACACUACUUGUGGAUGUUGAACCAAAGGUCAAAUCUAAGAAAAGAGAAGCUGUUGCAGGAAGAGGCCGAGGCCGGGGAAGAGGAAGAGGACGUGGUCGGGGCAGAGGAAGAGGGGGUCCUAGGCGAUAA